GCAAAGGAAAGCGUAUUUUCAAGUGGCCCAGAUGGUUUAGAGAAACCUAUGGCUGAGUUAGCAGCCAUCAUAAAGGAAGUUGCAGAACAACUGUAAGGAAACACCGGCCCAUGUCAUCUCGAUAGAGUCGUGUAUUUCGCGCAGCGGAGACUUGAAGUGGGAUGGGACGAUUCACUUCCUAAACCAAUUGUUGGACAUUUACUACCAAAACCACAUCUUGCAAACUCAAGAGCCCUGAUGAGUCUACAUAGCUUUCCAGAAUUACGCAAUCUACUGGCAACCUUGGAAUUAGACGGAAUGUUAGUUGAUGAAUCGAAGACCGAAGAGUAUAUUAAAAGCGCGCUUGAAGAGUGCAUAGCCAAAAUGAACUUUUUGACGCAUCGUGAUCUGUGGCGCACAUUCGGCCACGAUAUAAAGAGUAACUCACAAAAGCUACUACUAAACUCUGGACCAUAUGGAAAGGAAGGAGGGGCGUUUGCAUUUCCGCCAUUAGCAACUUGUAACUUAGCGUACCGAAGAUCCAUGGCCCCCACAAUCAGCCAUACAAGCGCUGAGCGCAUUGUGCAAUAUGUAGCUAGGAUGAUUGCGAACCUGCUCAGAUUGACGAAGAAUGCAUAUGUACAACAAAACGAGCGUGUCUCUGUUGGAAGUUGGCCAAAGGAUAGUUAUCCAAACCGAUGGCGAAGUACGAACAUUGCAGUGACUCCCCGUGAACAAGGUGUGCGAAAACGGAAGAUAAAUAAAAAUCAUUCCACUAUUCUCAAGUUGGCCAAUUCACCGUCGAUUGAGGACUCACUAGAGGAUUGUUCGGGUAAAAGUUCAAAGGGGGAUGGCCUCCAAACAGAAGUUAGUUCUUUGAGAAACAAAUCUGGCUGCACGUUGUUCACACGUGUCAGCAGUGAGAGCAUGUCGGAUCCCUCUUCAAAUAUUAAUCUCCAGACGGACAAGAAUGAUGACGUUCAAGUCAAGCGACAAGAUGGCAUUGAUAAACAUUUAUCAAAAAUAGAUGCACAUGACAAUCAUUCUGACCGUUCAAUCUACGAUGAAGAAGAAGAUUUGGAUAGAUUCGAUUUUCCUUCGGUACAGAAAGAUAUGAAUCACCAUGUUAAAUUCUCUGUAAAACAUAACUUACGCAACUUACUACCAGCAACGCCACUUGCAAAAGUGAACACCAACUUAUCAGUUCAUCGAAGUGGAUCCUAUGGAACCCCAUCAAACCUGUCAUCCAUCGUCACACGCAGUGCUUUGCGGCAUUCCGAAACUAAUUAUGAUAGAGGCGAACUAAACUCUUUUGUUGUUGCCCACGGUCCGAUGCGCAUUGCCAUGGAUUCGAAAUAUGCUGAUGUUAUCACAAAUAAGGAACUUCUACAGCAGGCUCAAAAAUAUGGGUCCCCCAAUUUUGUCGCACGAGUAAGCGCCGAGAUUCAGCGUGGAGGAAAACUGAUGGAACCUCGCAGUGGUUACUGGAUGCCAAAACGAAAGUAUCACUCGCUCGAUUCGAGGAGAUUUACGCGUCCGAUGAAACCAAACUUCCAUUGUUGGACAAAUACCCCUACUUCAACAUAUCUCAGUGCAGACAGCAAACGAAAUUAUAAGGCUGAGAGUCAGUCUCCAAAUCGAGCAAGACUCACAGAGAUGUCCUCUUCAAAUACAUGCGAUAUUUCAGGGGGUGUCACUCUAUCGGUAGGCCAGACCGCAUCGGACGACAUGCCGCAGUCUGCACAGUGUUCUACGGAUAAUCUACCUCACGGGGACAUAGGCCCAGGAAAACACAGAAGCAACAAGCACGCCUCUCACAAGAAACGCCUUAGAAGCAGUUCAGUUGGUCAAACGCAUCAUUCAACCCAUUUAACAGGAUGUGGCUUUGACAACCCUGAAAAUGUAUGCAAAGUCGCCUAUGUAACCGCCGACGCUCUGACCAGCGCUCUCGGUAUUCCCUUCGAGGGUCUAAACCCACACUUGAGUCCUGGAGUUGGUGAAUCUACACAAUCUUCGGCAAAAUAUUUUCAACAAUGCAAAAAACCAGCACUGUUCCAAUAUCCGAGUAGGGCUACGGAUAAACAGGCAAAUCGAGUAUCGUCCAGUAGCUAUAACGAGGUGGUGUAUAGAGUGCGGAUCGAAUCAGUUCGGCACAAUCGAAUGAAAGAGGAAGAUAGCUGCAUCAAAUUUAGCGCAAAGAAUUCCGAUUUGCUCAAUCCCACCCCACCAAUGAGCAUCGUGCUGCGCGGAUUAAAGUGCUCUUCACCAAAGCUUAAACUGAUAAGUGCCGAGCUGGCUCGCCUCGGAAUGGUUGAUGGACAUCCAGUCAUAAUGCGCAAUACGAAAUGUGCUGCCCGGGACAGUGAUAAGCAGCGGCAUACACUCAAGGAACCUCCCCACUUAAAAACGGAACGCAAGCCAAAGGAAGGAUUUCCGCAGAUUGACUAUUUUGCAGUAGUAUGUUCUACUCUCGGUAAAAUUGUUGGAGUGGAAAUCAGUCCAUUAAUAUAUGAAAUCAAAAAAAGCAACUACAAUUGGCUAAUCAAAACCGUCACGGUCGACGAGUUGGAGAAGAACAGGAAAUACAUUUUUCACUGUAAUAGUUGGUUAACGGAAGAUGAGAGAGUUGUCGAAUGCAAACGCAUACGGACGACAACCAUCAUGAAGUCAGCAGUCAGCUGUCCGGCCCGUGGUCACACUGGAGCUCUGUCUUCAGGCCUGAAGCCCGCUACUGCUAGCUCACGCCCAAAAACUGAACUAAGACAGACAAAUGAAGUCACGGAGGUGCAAAAGAUAAUUUGUGCACCGAGAGUUACGAUAAUUUCCAAGAAUGUUCCAUGUUCUGAUGAUAAAGUCCUCUCAUGUCGUCUACUAGAAGAAUCAAAAGAAGAUGACAAGCAAACGCUACGGUCCAACAGAUCUCUAAAUCGAAUAGAUAGUCCAACGAGGAGAGAACUGUGGCUUGAGGAUAAGUUGGAAGACAUUGGACGAUUGGUGAGUGUGAAGGCAGUCGUACUCCGUGAACGUUGCAGGAAAAUACUGUAUGCAAUGAAGACAGAAGAGAAUGGUAUCGAUAUCCAGGUGGCUCUUCAGACCACAACCAUCGCGCAUAAAGUUCAAAAUCCCCUAUUAAUUUUCGAAAAAUAUCAUGAGAGAAUAAUCCCCGAAAUGGGGGAGCAUGUUGAAUAUCCACCCGAAUCAACUAAGCGUGUUAUGCGGCUUUGUCACCCAAAAGCAAUUUGGAACGUCCUUUCCUACGUCUCAGGCAGUAGUCUGCAAUCACAUCAACCAUCUUCAUCUAGGGAAACAUGGCUGGGUCACGUAGACCACCUUCCAUCCGUUGACUUUGUGCAUUCUAUCGGAUUGCACCAUCCGGCAGAGCAGUACACUGUCAGCACGAAUGCCCGCCCGCAGAAGCAAGAACCACAGAUAAGACGUAUUUCGCCGGGAAAUUCAUCCACAAUUAUAUCACAAUCAGAUGACAUCUUGGCGCGUGAAGGCGACGUAGAACACAACUUGUACAGUGAAACAGAUCAGCAACAUAUGCGUACUUUGACAAAGCUGCGGUUAGAUACAGAAGGAAUACGAAUGAAUCGACAGGUGAAACGCACAUGUACGGAAAGUGAUGCAGGUGAAGAAAGGAUCUUGAAAAAUGAAGACGUAAUGGACUUUACCGCAAUCAGCAGGACUCUCCAGAUAAAAUCUGAUGACAUAAUGGAUGGCAGCAAGUUGGAUUCAUAUCACAGCAUGGCGAAAAUCGGUACGGGUGACGUGGUUUUUCCAUCCCCUGCUAAGGCCCCGGAGAGUGGGAAGACAGAUUCCGAUGUGACUGGACCUGUAAUACCAAUUCUGAGCGACAGUGCCAUGGCAGAAAGACUGAGGCAAAUAGCUGGAAUGGAUGCCAUCCGUCCAUGGGGAGAAAAACAUCAAAUAUCUUGCCUGGUGUCUGAUGGAAGCAAUAUCGAGAAACGUAAACCAGAAAACGAGAACGUAUUUCCAUCGCGCCUGACCAGAACCGGCAAACGUGAGCCAGAGAAUGUAAACUCCUGGGUUGAACAGGCCAAUAACCACUGUGGUGACAGCCAAGAAUGGAUCGAUUGCCGGGAGGAUUCGCCACUACUUUCAGAUAGAUGGAUGAAAAACCGAAAAUCGCAGAUACAGUCACUCAACAACCUCAAGGGGCAGUACAUGAGUGGCGAGUACCAGAUGAUUCAGCGCUCGGAGGUGUUUCCAGAAGACUCGGUGAGGAAGCAGCUUCCCGUGAACGCAAUGUUGGAUUUGUGGAAGGAACCCACGAAGGUAACAACAAACGGGGUCAAAUCCUCAAUAUCAAGCGGAUAUGAACGUGGGCAGAUCCAGCAGGCAUGAGGUGAAAGUAUAUGUGUCAGACGACCACCUGAAGACAACAGCUCCUGAUUUCAGUUGCGAUGCCAAAGUAGCAGCACACUCUGAGUUACUGAUGUCUUGGCUAUCCCGUUCCAGUCAGCUGUGUCUGCCCCGUUUAUGUCAACGACAACAGGUUACUUUUGUACCCAUUAUGUCAAUUCUAAGAUACCACGCUCCGUCACUAACGCAGUUGAAACUGUGCAUCGAAUUACACACGAGCGCCCCAACUGUGCAGAACCAGGAGUGUAAAAAAUAAUAGAUCGGUCUUCUUAUUGUUACAUGCGUUACAACAGCGACCUCAAAAACAAUGUUAAUAAUGUCUCCGUCGCUUAUCUGUCGAAUGAAAUACACCCCCAGGAUAAGCUCAGGGAAGGGACUGAAGUUGGCGUUUGGACCUGAGAGACGUUAUGACGAUGAUGCUGGAGGAGCGGAGAUGAUGAACAGUAGAUCUGAAUUGCUGAUUAUAUAUGUGGUUAGUGGAAUCGUUUCCGGAGUUCCCUAUCGUUGCGAGUGUGUACAUCCACCGGAAGCCCGCGCAUACCAUGGGUGGCUUGCGCUGCACCACCCACAGCUCAAUACACACACCCCAUACUCAGGGUAAACUCGAAAGAAAAAGACUGUGAGGUACGUAGAUGGCAGCUACAUUGAUUCGGAGCCGGUACACACUUUCAAAUUGAAUAUCAUUCAUUCAUUUGCACAUGGGGAAACGUGCAUACCAGACAUACAAUAAACAAUGAUUUAUCACGGGUUAAAAAGCAAAUGCCUGACAAGUCCAUUAGGAUGGUUGGGUUAAAUAGUAAAAAUAUCAAAAGGUAUGUGAGUUAUCU